GGAGUUGGUAGAAUUUACGUCAGGAAUGCCAUCCCGCUCCAUAUUCCCCCAUUCCCCAUCUCGACCCUAAGCCGCCGCCGCCGCCGCCGCCCCGCCGUCUCUGUCUUGGCCCUCAUCCAGCACCGGAGCCCAGCGCCGUCGCCCUCCUCCCCGUGCCGGCCACCCGAGCCGUCCGGACGCCUCCGGAUCUGUACCGUCCUCUCCUCGCCUCCCCCGCCCCGCCGCCGCCGUGCGGGCCGAUCUCCUCGCGCGCCCGCCUCGUCCCCGGGGUCUCGCGCCCGCGGCGGAGCCAUGCCGGUGGCGGGGAUGGGCGGGGUGAUAGCGACGGUGAGCGGCUACCACGGCGACGAGCGGCACAGGCUCGUGAAGCUCAUCUCGGAGACCGGCGCCAGCUACGUCGGCGCCAUGAGCAGAUCCAUAACCCACCUGGUUUGCUGGAGGCUCGAGGGGAAGAAGUACGACAUCGCCAGGAGGCUUCGGGUGCGCAUCGUCAGCCACCGCUGGUUCCACGACUGCCUCAAGGAGGGGAGGCGCCUCCCCGAGGGGCCCUACACCAUGGAAAGUGGUGAAGAAGCCGGGCCAGUCCCACAGCUGUCUGCUUUGCAAGGCAAGCGGUCCAAGAGAAAUGCGUUCAGGGAGGAUCCAUGCCUGAAAGAGUUGCCUUCUGAUUUAUGCAAUACCUCAUAUGCCAGUGAUGUGGUCAAGAUUGAUGAUUCAGAUUCUGAUUGGGAGCACCAGGGAUGGUCGGGUUCAUCCCUACUAAAAGAAAAUUUAGUCGUUGCCGGGAAUUCGAAGAAGAUUCGUUCAGGCGAUGUUAAAGGAGGAAAAAGGCAUUUAAAGCGUGAGCAGAAGUCAAGUGAUAAAGAUAUCCUACAUCUGCGAGACAAUGCUUCAAGUUUCAGGGAGGAUCCAUGCUUGAAAGAGUUACCUUCUAAUUCAUGCAGUACUUCAUAUGCCAGGGAUGUGCUCAAGAUUGAUGAUUCAGAUUCUGAUUUUGAGCAUCAGGGCUGGUUGGAAUCAUCCCUAUUAAAAGAAAAUUUAGUCGUCGCCGGGGAUUCAAAGAAGAUUCGUUCAGGAGAUGUUAAAGGAGGAAAAAAGCGUUUAAAGCGUGAGCAGAAGUCAACUGAUAAAGAUGUCCUACAUCUGCGAGACAAUGCUUCAAGUUUGAUGAUAAGAGAAGGCCUUCACACGUCAAGUUAUACUUCAUCUCGGAGCACAUCGAAGCAAAAGGGAAACUUGUCAGGUCUCCUGUGUAAUGAGGUUGUUGGUCAGAUGAGCGAAAGAAAUGAUCCUAUGGGAAAGGGAUCACGAAGCAAGCAUGCACGCUCUCUUUUGGAAUUAUCUGAUGAUAGUUUGUCAGAUAGUUUUGAGGAACUACAAAUGUUUGAUACUUCAAGUACAGAAGCCCGGAGAAAAAUAAGGAGCACAAAUGCACCAUCAUUUCGGCAAUCUACCUUGGAAAGCAUAUACGAUCAUUGUGAAACUAGUAUGCAUGAUUACGAACCGGAAAAGAGUGAAGAGCAAGAAACUAUUGAUUUGGGUGAGAGGUCAAGAAGCUUGCAACCUGGUGAUUUGUCAGGACAUGAACCAUCUUUCUGUACUCAAGAGAAAAUAGAUCAAAGUGACCUUGGCAUCACAGCUGAUCAUGACAAGGGAGAUGAUGAGAAGCCCACGAUGGAAGAAUCAUCCAACCUGAAAAGACAAGCAGAACUUUCAUGUGUCAUUUGCUGGACUGAUUUUUCUUCCUCGAGGGGCAUCUUACCAUGUGGACAUCGGUUCUGUUAUUCAUGCAUUCAAGGAUGGGCGGAUUGUCUGUCUUCCAGGGGAAAGGUCUCAACGUGCCCACUUUGCAAAGCCAGUUUCUCCUGGAUCAGCAAGGUGGACGAGGCCGGCACUUCAGAUCAGAAGAUAUACUCGCAGACCCCCGUUCCUUGUGGAGCUUCAACCAGCAUCUUCAUGUUUACUGGCGAAGGCCACAGCGACCUUCCUGGAUCAUCAUCGUCUGCCCAAGGCGCCUGCUACAUGUGCCACAGCCGUGAGCCCGAAGAGCUUAUAUUGAGCUGCCAUGUCUGCCGAUCACAGUGGGUACACUCGUAUUGCCUCGAUCCUCCACUGACCCCGUGGACGUGCAUACACUGCCGAGAUCUGCGGAGGAUGUACCAGCGCUAUCGCUAGUCCGAGUUCUGGAAGUUCACUCUUGGCAUCACUGGGCUGCUCGAGAUAUUCUUGGCAGAUAUAGCAAUGGAAGGCAUGUUGACUUAGCUGAUAAUUAAUUUCUGCUUGAUGUGGACGAUAGAGACAUUAUGUCAUGACAUUUCUGAAGAUUGAAGAAGAGAGGAAGAAGCACAGAGAGACAGGAAAAGUGAUGGCGUCAGGCUGCAACGCGUUUUGAGAUUGCAUCUUUUUCUUUUUCUUUUUUGCAUACAUAUGGGCAGUCAAGUGUCAACAUCUUGUUGAUCUGGACAUGGUGCAAAUGCAUAUGGUAUGGGUGUGCUGCUCGGCUCCAAAUUGUAACCGGUCCGGAGAGUAGCUUUAAUAAGAAGAUGCGUGCAUGUUGCUAGAAUCUUAAACUGUGUGCGCUUUCUUUUCUAAGCCAGACAAUGAACAAAAUAAAUUUUGUACUGGUUGUUCUGCGUCCAGUUGUCUUAAAA